GUUUAAGUGUACAGACAACCAGACAGACAGACAGACAGACUGCAGCUGAUGAAUGGUUGAUACUUCGUACACGCGACCAACCGACUGACUGACUGACUAGUGGCACCACAAUGCACGCCGGGUGCGUGGCGCGCUGUCUGUGUAUCCGUCCUUGGAUGGAUGGAUAGAUGGACCCCUCCCUCCCUCCCUCCCUCGUACAUCUAUUCACGCACGAACGCACAUCCACUCACCCACCCAUCCACAGACGCGCGUCAAUGGGUACACACGGUCACCGAUGGUACGCAUCCCAACAAUUGCUUCACUGUACAGUCAAUGCCUCCACAUCAAUAACACCCGGCAAGGCUCCCAUUCUCCUCUCCCCACUGUCCAACAGUCAGCCUCUCCCCCCGUCAGUCACGCCAUCUGUCUGUGUCUUGUGUGCUGGCAGCCGUGUCGGCAGCUCCAGGCUGCUCGGGUUCUGCGUGUCGCACACCGACGGCCAGCUGCACUCACAUGAACAGCCCCUCACUUUGCGGAGCGUCACCGACACUCGCCGCCCCCUCUUGAGGAUUCGCCCGUCGACACAGUCGGUGCGCCGGGAUGCAAUGUAGUGUGCCCUAGGGAUAGAUAGAUGGACAACAUAACAUACACACGACACGCGGCAAGCAAACGAGUGAGUGCAUGAAGGGACCGGACCUAUCAUGGUGUCCAUGUGCUCUUCUCCCUCCGCACGCUCACGCACCAUGCAUAUCUCGCUUCGCCUUUGAAUAUGAGCAGGGAGCCCUUGGUAAGGUACAGGAGCUUCCGAUCACACGGCUGUGGUGAAUCAUCGGCGGCAGCCCUCCUUCGGAACUCCAUGACACAGCCGCUGCCCAACGAGAGCGUGCCGAUAGCAUCUUCGAACGCCGAAUGGGUGUCGAUGUGACAUCCAAUGCCCUCGCCGACAUUGUACUCGUUGACGGUGAUCUGAUCGGUAUCGUCAAGAGGCAAACCCGCCAGCCUUAUCUUGCUCAAGAGCCCAUCAAACAUCGGCGGCAGGUCGCCCACGCGCUUGCUGAUGUCGACAGACUUGGAAGCGUAGCAGAAUGCAUAACCAUAGUGCUGUGUGCGACGCCUUGUAAUGCUCUCGGUCCCCCAUCGCUCAUCAAUGGCCGACCGCAGGGCCUCCUGUUCGCUGGCACUUAGGAAGUCCUCGAUAAGCUGCAGGCCGGGGACGACGACAUCUCGCGUGACGCUCGUGCAGGUAGGGCUCGGAAGUCUCAUCAGAGGGCUGGCAAAAGCAGCAGAAAGGACAGACGGACCUGCACGAAGGAUGGCCACGUAGAUCGUUCUGGGAUCUUCCUCUUUUCUCCAUACCUUGUCGGUGUCCACUGUGCUGCAGCCCUUUUCUGGGAGGAGAGGGGG